UGGAGAGUGGCAAGAACUGGAGGCAGGAGGUCCCCCGACCCAAUCUGCUCCCCCAAAUUCCCAGAGAUCUCAGGGCAGAAGGCCCAGACAGCCUUUGGAGUUGUUGCCUGGUUCGACCAUGGACUGGCAGUGGCUGUGGCUGGUUUUAUUACUCCCUAUGACAGUCUCAGGCCGGGCCCUGGGGCCUGCAGGGAAAGAGACAGCAGUGGAUUACCUGUUACAAUAUGGGUACCUGCAGAAGCCUCUAGAAGGAUCUGAUGACUUCAGGCCAGAAGAUAUUAUGGAGGCUCUGAGAGCUUUUCAGGAAGCAUCUGAGCUGCCAGUCUCAGGUCAGCUGGAUGAUGCCACAAGGGCCCGCAUGGGGCAGCCCCGUUGUGGCCUGGAGGACCCCUUCAAUCAGAAGACCCUUAAAUACCUCCUGCUGGGCCGCUGGAGAAAGAAGCACCUGACCUUCCGCAUCUUGAACCUGCCUUCCACCCUCCCGCCCCACACAGCCCGGGCUGCCCUGCUUCAAGCCUUCCAGUACUGGAGCAAUGUGGCCCCCCUGACCUUCCGGGAGGUGCAGGCUGGCUUCGCUGACAUCCGCCUCUCCUUCCAUGGCCGUCAGACACCAUACUGCUCCAAUUCCUUUGAUGGGCCUGGGAGGGUCCUGGCCCAUGCUGACAUCCCAGAGCUGGGCAGUGUGCACUUUGAUGAAGAUGAACUCUGGACUGAGAGGACUUACCGGGGGGUGAAUCUGCGCAUCAUUGCAGCCCACGAACUGGGCCAUGCCCUGGGGCUUGGGCACUCUCGAUAUACCCAGGCCCUCAUGGCCCCUGUCUAUGCUGGCUACCGGCCCCACUUCAAGCUGCACGCAGAUGAUGUAGCAGGGAUUCAGGCUCUCUACGGGAAGAAGAACCCAGAGAUAGAAGAUGAGGAAGAAGAGAUGGAGCUCCCCACUAUACCACAUGUACCCACAGAACCCAGUCCCAUGCCAGACCCCUGCAGUGGUGAACUGGAUGCCAUGAUGUUGGGGCCCCGCGGGAAGACUUAUGCCUUCAAGGGAAACUACGUGUGGACGGUGACCGAUUCAGGGCUGGGUCCCUUGUUCCAAGUGUCUGCCCUUUGGGAGGGGCUCCCAGGAAACCUAGAUGCUGCUGUCUACUCUCCUCGAACACAAUGGAUUCACUUCUUUAAGGGAGACAAGGUGUGGCGCUAUAUUAAUUUCAAGAUGUCUCCUGGCUUCCCCAAGAAGCUGAACAGGGUAGAACCCAACCUGGAUGCAGCUCUCUAUUGGCCUUUCAACCAAAAGGUGUUCCUCUUUAAGGGCUCCGGGUAUUGGCAGUGGGACGAGCUGGCCCGAACUGACUUCAGCCACUACCCUAAACCAAUCAAAGGCUUGUUUACGGGAGCGCCAAACCAGCCCUCUGCUGCUAUGAGCUGGCGGGAUGGCCAGGUCUAUUUCUUCAAGGGUAAACAAUACUGGCGCCUCAACAGGCAGCUACGAGGAGAGAAAGGCUAUCCCAGAGAUACUGCCCGCCACUGGAUGCACUGUCAUCCCCAGACCUCAGUCCCCACUCUGUCAGGUUUAGAUGCCACUUCUUUAUCCUCAGGUACUGACCACUCUGCCAUAGGAACCACCUUGGGUUCCACUUCCUCAGCCAUAGGUACCACCUUGAACACUGACCACCCACCCAGAGAUCCUAUCUUGGACAUUAGCCCCUCAGCCACAGGCUCCCCCACCCUUCCAUUUCCUGGUAAUGUCACCAGCCCUGCCCGGAGGCCUGAGAGGAGUCAAAUGUCGGUUCCCUAGGCUGCGGGGCUGCAGCAGGGGGAUGAACAAUAGACUUCAGGGCUUGAAAGGUCCCAGCUCCAGCCACCACUCCUCUGUGCUCUUGCCCUCCUGGGCAGUGACUCCCUAACUCUGGGUCAGCUCCCAACUUUAUACAUUCCUUCGCUCAUCCUACAUAGCUCCUUCCAACUGUGUUAUCUACUGUCUGGAAGACAGCAGUAGAAGGAAGGCAUCCCUCAGGACCUUGGCUGACAGGUGGCAACAGCUGGGAAGCUAAAUGCCUGGGUCCCAUUCUUCCCAGACAAAGUGCAAGAAAAUGGCAUGGCCAGUAAAAUGAGCAAGGGCUUUGGAAUCCUUUAAGAAUCACAUUUAUUUGCUUAUGACUUUGGGCAAGUUAAUUAACCUCAUUGAGCCUCAGAUUCCCCAUCUGUUCAAUAAGGUUAAUACAGGUCCCUCAGGGUGUUUGCAUUAAAUGAAAUACUUUUUGUGAAGUGCAGGGCACAAUGUCUGGCACAUUUGUGCUUAAUAAAGGCUAACUCCAUGUUUGUUAAA